UGGGAAGAUGGAACAUCAAGGGGCACACCAUGGAUUUUACCUCAACGGAAGAGAGGAAACAUUUGACACAUCACCUUCUACUGGGACACAAGAUUCUUCUCUGAAGUUCCUCAGGUGGAAAAUCAUCCUCGGUUGUUUGUUGAUGGGAAGCCUCAUUCUGAAGACGGUUCUAAUUGUCAUCACCUUAACAGGUUCCAAGUGUAAUCGUUCAGUGGUACCUUUUGGUCUGCAGAAAAACCAGAGCAUCAGACAUAAACAAUGUAUUCCACAGAAUCAACAGGAGUUUUAUGUUGAUUUGCAUCUUGAUCAAAACACCGCUUACCGUGAGCUGAUCAUUUCUCCUGAUAAGAAGAGUGUGGUGUGGAAUCCAUAUCCACAAGCCCUGCCUAAUAACCCCCACAGAUUUGAUUCUAACCCCUGUGUGCUAGGCCAUGAAGGAUUUACCUCAGGGUUGCAUUGGUGGGAGGUGGAAGUAAUAGCAGGAGAAGCAUGGGCUUUGGGUGUUGCCAGAGAAUCUGUGAACAGGAAGGGGAGUUUCCUCAGUUACCCAGAGUGCGCACUUUGGGCUAUAGGAAGCUGUAGAACUAAAUUCUUCCCGUUUAACCUCUCAUGCUUGGAACUGCUUCCGCACCAAAGGAUCCAAGUAAUUCUGGAUUAUGGAAGAGCCAUGGUAUUCUUUUUGGAUGCUGAUAGUGGCAAACUGCUAGAAGUAUUACCAGGAAAUUUCUCUGGAGAGAAAAUCUACCCCAUAUUCUGUUUGGGGCUGAGAACACGCAUCACGAUGCUUUCCACAUGGAACGUGCUCCCGCCUGUCCUUUGGAUCGCACCACUGUACUAAAUAAGCCAUUCCUGAAAAUCCUGUGUUUUCCCUUCUGCCGUUCCAUUUUUAUAAGGUGCUAGUUUAUGGUGAUUUCUAGAACUUCCACCUCAAGACCAGAAAAAAGGAGGGAUCUUACUUAACAGUAUUGCGUUGCCUGGUUUUGGCAAUAUACUAAACGGGUUGCCAGAAUAUCUGUACAACUUUUUGCGAGCAACCCAGGGUCACACGUCUGUUCAGACAUCCCCCUUACCUAUCAGUAGUUUUCUAGAAACAGCUGGAUUUGAGACAGGCAACACCUUAUAGACCAGUGGUGGUGAACCUAUAGCACGCGUGCAGAGGUGGCACUCAGAGCCUUCUCUGUGGGCAUGCGCGCACAGAGUUUGUCAU